AUGGCCCCCGUUGUUCCCCCGUUCACUGCUGAGACCGCCUUGCGCAAGGUCAAGAUCGCGCAGGAUCUCUGGAAUACCAAAGAUCCCGCGAAGGUCUCCUUGGCGUACACGCCCGACACCAUCUGGCGCAACCGCGACACCUUCCUCAAGGGCCGCGAGGAGGUUGUCCAAUUCCUUACGAAGAAGUGGCAGAAAGAAAACGGCUACAGGCUGAGGAAGGACCUCUUUGCGUUCACCGACAACAAGAUCGCCGUACAGUUCUUCUACGAAUGGUAUGAGGACAAGACUGACGGUACGCGUCAGUGGUACCGCACCUACGGCCUGGAGGACUGGACGUUUGACGAUGAUGGCCUUAUGCGAAAGCGCCAGAUGAGCGGCAACGACGUCGCUAUCUCCGAGUCCGACCGGUGGUACAAAGACGGCGUCGACGUCAACACCAUCGAAGUUGGCCCCGAACACCUGUAG